AUGGGACACCAGCGGGAGUGUCUAAUAGCAUUUUUGUGCCUCGGGAUUGCCCUUACGUCGUCGGCCAGUCGUAGAGAGGAGCUCGAGCGAGCUGCCGAGCUGGCAGUAGAAAGGGCAGCUGAAAGGGCGGCCGAGAGGGCAGUGGAAAAACUCCUCGACGGCGGAAAUACCACAACGGAAUCCAAGAUUGUCCGGGAGUCUUAUUCCAAUGUUAGAAAAGAUCCAGACAAAGGGAAGAAGGAGGAUGACGAUUAUGGCGACAGCGGCGGAUACGAGCCGGUGAGCGGUGAAGCGGAGCCAGAAGAAGACGCGGACGAUUGGAGCAAGUAUUCACAGGACUCGACAUUCGCGUUUCGACGCACGAAAGACCGGGACUUUAACGCGUGGUCCAGCAAGAUCAAUUUCAAGGACACGGCGGAUACGUGGAAGAGAUUCCCGAGAAGCGAAUGGUCUCACGAGGACACGGGCUGGGGCAAUGAGAAGGUCGUAACCGUGGAACGGAAAGUGCCGGUACCCGUGACAAUUGAGAGGAAGAUUCCAUAUUCGGUCUACAAGCACAUUCCUUACGAGAUCAAAGUGCCCGUGCCGCAGCCGUACAUGGUGGAGAAGAGGGUGCCUUACCCGGUCAAGGUCUACGUGAACGUACCGGUUGAGGUGCCGGAGCCUUAUCAAGUCGAGAAGCAAGUACCCUACGAAGUGAAGGUCGACAACCCCGUGCCGUACAAAGUUGAGGUGCCAGUGCCGCAGCCGUAUACGAUUGAGAAAAGGAUCCCGGUCGAGGUAAAGGUGCCGAUACCGCAGCCAUUUACUGUCGACAAGCCGGUACCGUACGAGAUCAAAGUGCCGGUCAAGAUACCGACCCCGUACGAGGUCGAGAAGAAGGUACCGGUACCGGUCAAGGUCGCCGUCGAUCGGCCGUAUCCGGUACCAGUGCCGAAACCGUAUCCCGUGGAAGUCACCAGGCCGUAUCCGGUAGAGGUGCCUAAACCGUACCCAGUAAGAAUUAAAGUGCCCGUGGAGAAGCCGUAUCUGGUGCCGGUCAAGAGGCCGGUUCCAGUGCCUAUUAAAGUGCCGGAUCCUCAACCGUAUAUCGCAGAGAAACCUGUACCGGUCGAAGUGGAGACACGUUAUGCCGUUCCGAUUAAAGUGCCCGUAGACAAGCCUUACGAGGUGCACGAGACGAAGCCGGUGCUCGUCCCGGUGAAAAAGCCCUUCCCGUACGUCGUGCAAGUGCCGGUGCCCGUCAAGCUCGGUUGGAAGGAUCGAAAUAAUAUCAAGGACGAUCUGCUGGAGAGCGAGAGCACCAGACCAUUGCGGCGACCGCAAUGGCCAGAUCGCGAAUCGUUCGAUCGAUAA